AAGAUGCCAGCCAACCCCAUCUACAUUCCAACUGUUACCAAUGACACCGAUUGGAACUUCUGCUUUCACCUGUCACAACAAAACAAGAUCCCAUCACACAAGCAAACAGAUGAGUUAUGCUUCACUUGUGAGUCAAGAGAGAGUGAAGAAGAGUCUAGAACUGAGGAAGAAGAUGGCAUUGACUGUAUGUCUCUUCCCAAACAGAAAUUAGCUCAGUCCCAGAAGAAAAUCACUCAGCUGAUUAAGGAAAAAAUGAAUACCCAAGCAAACAAGGAACUGAUUCGAUGUGUUAUCCUUUCUCGGAUUGUUUUUGGGCAAGAACACUGGAAGUGUGCACAGGCUUUGGUCAACCUGGCGUAUGGAUACUUGACACUGAGAGGUUUCCCAGCUCAGGCCAAGAAACAUGCUGAGUCAGCUAAGAACAAACUAUUAGCCCUGAAGGGAAACAUGGCCUCGGAGGAGGAGGAGAAAGAAAUCCUGGGAGCUCUGGUACUGCUCUACUACACACUGGGCAUGGCCUGGCUCCUACAGAAACGUGGAAAAGAAGCUUAUUUCUAUCUGCAGAAGUCAGAGACAACCAUGAAGGAACUGACAGAAUUAAAUAAGGGAUACAUUUAUGGAAUGCCAAUCACAGAGAAAGACCUAGCGAUUGGUUUGGGCAGAGCCUCCUUGGCCAUCCACAGAUUAAACCUUGCUCUAUCAUACUUUGAAAGGGCAAUUGAUGAUGUUAUUGCUGCUGAGGGGGAUAGCACGUCAGAUCUGAUCAGUCUCUAUGUGGAAAUAGCUCAGAUGGAACAGCUGAGAAAGAACCAUGGGCAAGCCAUCCGUUAUUUAAAGCAGGCCCAUUCUAUCUGUAUUUCUUCAUUCACUGAAAUCAGCCCCCAAACUGGAGAAGUGAGUGCAUUGCUUGCCAAAGCAUAUGCCAUGUCUGGAGAGCCUCAGCACAGGGGUAGGUAA